ACGUUCUUUCUUUUCUUUUAUUAUUCACACAAACAUACAUAUAUCCCAGACAUGCUUAGGUUUAUUCUAGUUCAAAAUCGACAAGGUAAAACGAGAUUAGCCAAAUGGUAUGUUCCAUACGAAGAUGAGGAAAAGAUAAAACUCAAGGGAGAAGUGCAUCGACUCAUUGCACCGAGGGAUCAGAAACAUCAGAGUAACUUUGUUGAGUUCCGCAAUUAUAAAAUUGUCUAUCGUCGAUAUGCUGGACUCUUUUUUUGCGUGUGUGUGGAUGCUAAUGAUAACGAAUUAUCGUAUUUGGAAGCCAUUCACUUUUUCGUAGAGGUAUUGGAUGCUUUCUUUGGUAACGUUUGCGAAUUGGAUUUAGUGUUUAAUUUCUACAAGGUUUAUGCUAUUUUGGAUGAAGUGUUUUUAGCUGGAGAGAUAGAAGAGACGAGUAAAAACGUUGUCUUGACAAGACUUGAUCAUUUGGAUAAGCUUGAAUAAAAAAUUCUUGUGUACCUGCAUUGAUAUCCCCCACCCCUUUUUUGUGCCCUUUUGACGACAUUUUUUUUGUGUUCCCACACAU